AUAAAUGUCAUUUUUGUGACAAUCUCCUUCUAGCACUAUUUUUUAGACAAAAACUUAAAAUGUGCUAUUAUUGACAAUUGCCCUUUUUAAAUCUACGUAAGAAUUACAAUCUAAGCAAUGAUCUAAAAGCUUACUUUCAAAUUUCAAAAAUAAUGAUUUCACAGGCUACAAUUUUGAAGUUAAAUAAUUCAAUAAUUAUUUGCUACAUUAUAGUAUCAAAGUAUUAAAGAAAAAGACAAACAAUAAUCUUAUAGUAAUCAUCGAUGCUCAAAAACCGAAAGAUGACAGAAAUAAUUAAUGGUCAACGAUAUAUUCACACCACUGAAAACUCUUAACACCAUCACAAGAUCACGUAAAUCACACGCUUCAACUGAGAGAGCUUCUAUUAUCCGCAUCGGACGGAUAGGGAUUAAAGAGCGUGUAUACACACGUGACUAACGCGUGAGCAAAGCUUUUCGUAAUAACACAUAUCGCUGGUUAAUUAAACUAUUAUUAAUUAAUUUAAUUCAGUAUUUUGAAGGAAAAAAACAAAUAAAUAAUUAGAAGAUUUUUCCAUUCCAGAGAAUAAAACAAAGGAGAAGUACGGUUUCAUCAAUUUUCUCGCGCGCCAAACAUCCGAAUAAUAAAAGACAAAAUUAAAAAUAAUAAAAAUAAGACCUUAAAAUAAAAAAACAAAGAAAAAUAAAGCAAAAAUGAGGACAAGCGUGAGAUUAAAACCCUUCACUUUCUUGGCAUUUGUCUUCUUCACACAUAGGGGAGAGAGAGAGCUCUAAUGGCAGAAUGAACAAAGGCCUUUCACAAUCUCUUCACCCACCAAAGAGGAAGAUAAAAUAUGGCUUUAGAAGAAGAGGAAGAGACCCAAAACGCACCGUUUUGUAUGCUUUUCUGUGAGGAAGAGAGUUGUAGUGUGUUCGAGGAAGACGAGAGCGUCGUAAAGUCUCCAUCUUUUCAUCUGGGUUUUCUCUAUCACGACAUGUUAUGGGACGACGACGAGUUACUAGGUCUGAUCUCGAAACAGGACGAGCUAAAACCGUGUCUUUCCGACAAAGCCUUAGACGAGUUUCUGUAUCUGUGUCGUGAAAACGCACUCGGUUGGAUUUUUAGAGUGAAAGGCUACUACGGGUUUAGUUCGUUGACGGCUCUUCUCGCUGUAAACUACUUCGAUAGGUUUAUUACAAGCAGGAAGUUUCAGACAGAUAAGCCAUGGAUGUCUCAGCUGACAGCUGUCGCUUGUUUGUCUCUAGCUGCUAAAGUUGAAGAGAUCCGUGUUCCGUUGCUCUUAGAUCUCCAAGUGGGAGAGGCGAGAUAUGUCUUUGAAGCUAAGACUAUACAAAGAAUGGAGCUUUUGAUUCUCUCUACUCUUCAAUGGAGGAUGCAUCCUGUGACUCCAGUCUCGUUUUUCGAUCAUAUUAUCCGUCGAUACAGCUCUAACUCUCACCAGUUCUUGAGUAGAUGUGAAUCUCUGUUGCUCUCCAUUGUUCAUGAUUCGAGGUUUCUAAGUUACACCCCUUCUGUGUUAGCCACUGCAAUAAUGGUCUCUGUUGCUAGAGAUUUCAAGGAAGCUGAAUACGAAUCUCAGCUCAUGACUCUACUCAAAGUCGAUCCGGAGAAAGUAAAUAAAUGCUAUGAGUUAGUGUUAGAUCACAAUCCAAGCAAGAAGAGGGUGAUGCAUGCGUCAUUAAGCUCUGAUGGCUCGAACGAGUCAUGGGUUGUGUCUUCAGAGCCUCUAUACAAGAGGAGAAGAGUGCAUGAGCAGCAGAUGAAGUUGUCUUCAAUAAACAGAAUGUUUCUCGAUGUGUUCACUAGUAGUCCUCGCUAAUAAUUUUCAACAACCGAUCAAAUAUGUGUGUUUUCUCCUGUUUUACAUAUUAGCGGCUAUGGUAAGGCAGAAACAUUAUGUGUUUUACUUGGCUCUUGUGUUAAAGGACGGUUUCACAUGGUUUACUUUAUCGGUAUUUGAUCAUUGAAAAAAAAACACAGAUGUUUUUCUUAUGAACAACUUGUGUAACGGUUGAAUGAUGAUUUAAUAACGCAAACAAUCGAAGACUCCAGACUUGUCUUUUUGUGUUGGAUCUUUCAUAAGAACCAAUGUUAUCAUCAUAGUACUCGUCCUUUGUCUGAAAAAUCACAUGACAUUAUUGGUUAUCUACUUAGUACAGAUUUGAGGAAAUUUGUACUCUGAUUUGAAGAAACAACUAAAAGAGUUGGUUUGGUUGGACAACUAAUAAUUUUGAGAAUCAAAUAAAACUCUCGUCUUCGUAAGCAUUGUUUGGCUUCUCCAAAUCAUGCGUUUCUUUGUUUAUUUUUUGUUCCAGUUUCCAUAGUUGUUUUUAUUUGAAAUCAUUUGAAGUUAGACCAAACAAUUGGGUUGAUUUAAGUAUUUGUUUCUUUUCAUUUGUGGUGAAAAGCAAAACUGUGUGAGAAGAGAUAUACACAUAACAUUUUUACACAUCACUUUCUCUUGUAUUUGUCAUUGCAAUGUCAUGUCAAAACAUAAAAUAAAAAUACCUUCCUUGAAGAAGAGUCUUGUUGUUACAGAGGACCAAAUAGCAUUGAAUAGGUUCAAAAUAAAGGAAAAUUUCAAGCUUUUGGUUGAAAGGAGUGAAUGUACCAGAACCAAACAACUCAGAACUCAGAAGAGAACUAUUUGUUCUGUUAUUUCAGAGCCUUGUGUCUUUUUUUGGAAGUAGUAUCUUCAUUGCACUCUAGAAAAUUAAAUAUUAGUAAUAAUUUCAAGAAAUAAAGAAAGAAAACACUAGACUCUGAUAAAUCAUAUUAGGAAUAAAUCUUUACACUAAGACCAACUCCAAUGAGAAUCAAAAACACCAAAUUUGGUGUAGUUUCUUUUCCAAAUAUUUUUCUUUUAAAUUACACCAUUACAUAAAUUUGUGUUUUAUGAGUGUAGCACCAAUUUUGGAUAAUAUUGUCCCUCACACCAAAUAUUGAAAUAAUGUAUUGUAUUACUUUCCGUUAAUUAGUUACAUAGUGUUAUUAACUAGUUUAAACUUAUACUAUUUUGUAUUUCCACAUUAAUAAACAUUAGAAUAUAUAUUACUAUUCUGUAUUUCCACACUAAUAAACAUUAGAAUAAAUUAUAUCUAUAUUUUUAUUUAAUAAUAUAACUAAAUGAGUAUAGUCAAAUUUAACAAAAUAAAAUUCAUUUAUUUUGUACUUCUCAUUUUUAAAUGUAUAAACUUUUAGUUUCAACUAAUAUUUCACAUAAAACAAAUAAAUUAAUAGAUAAAUUACCUAUAAAAUAGCAUUUUAAAUAAAUUGUAAGGACGUAAAAUUACAUAACUUUAACAAAUAAAGACAAAAUCUAAUAGUGAUAAGUUGAUAGUUAUUCAAUUACAAUAAUUAAUGAAUUUUAAUUAUUAAAAUUAAAUUAAUAAUAUAUAAUAUCAUUUUGGUGUAGAAAUUGAUGUUCUGGUUGGAGAAAAAAAUUUAAUUAAUUACGAAAACACAAAAUUGAUGUUUAUUUCAACACUACAUUUAGUGUUAUGGUUGAAAUUUGAAAUUGUUCUAAAGUAAAAAGUUUUAUAACGUUCUAAAGAUUAACACUGUAUCAAAGAUUCGAUGCUGAACAGCCUAAACUCAAAGAAGCUAUUCUAGUAAGUAGCUCAAGCACCAACCAGUUGAUAUCGCCAGUAGAAAUGCUUAUAAACAUAAGCAACCAGUGGAACUGGAAACAUCGCAUUAUCACUUAAGUUUACAAAACCAGAGUUGUUAUAAUCAACUAGUGAUUGUGAAUUUAUGAGUCCCUCGACAAAUCCAGCAUCUAGUCUCUUUAUUAUUCAUUACGGAUACUGAGUCAGUGAGUCUUUUAAGUUACAUACUACACGUCUUACACCUAUCAGCUAAGACGACCACUGUAAAAUCUCAUGAACCCUAUAAAAAUAUCCGAAAUUUCAAAUCACUAGUGACAUUUUAGACCCUGGCUCUUGAAUCAAAGCCUGUAGCUAUUGCAAAGAACGCAACGAAAAGAAUCAGUAGUAUUUGACCGUUGGUUUCUAGAGAAAUUAAGAUGACGUCACUAGUAAGUAGCUCAAGGGCCAAAAAGUUAGCGAACGUAGUAUAGAGACGGCCCAUUUAUAUUUAGCAGCACGUUUAUGCUACUGGAUCUCGGUUUAGAUGCACCCGUGCAUGUGAGUAGUCACACGUGCGCGUACCAAACACGUGUAGUUGACUAGUACAGAAAGUCUUUUAGUCGGCGACUGAGCGGCUAAAUUUGAAAUGGUUUUGUCGGUGAAAGUGAGACGUUAAGGGAUAAUUUCGUCUAUUCCAUCGUCCAGCUCUGUGUUUUUUAAAUAAUAGAAUCUGCUUACCAAUGAAUAAAUAUGUUACUUUUUUUUUUUCACUAAGUUUUCCAUUUUAUUAAAGACUUAGAAAGGUCAACAAAGACACAAAAUACAUAAAACCCAAAAGACCGAGUCCAAACAACAUAAACAAACCCAAAAAAAAAAAUGAAAAGGCCCAUUAUCCACCGCUUGAAACACAAAAUACACAGAAAAGAGAUGUGUGGACUAGACACACCACCAACUUCACCGAAACUGCCGCCGAGACUUCCACCGGAAUCACGAGCCUUCACCAGAAAUUAAUGAUAUAAAAUCAUCACCGGACCAACCAAAUCACUUGACCACCGGAAAACACCAAGAAUUAACCACGACCACUAAAAACCACCUCCAACGACUGUAUUGGAGAUAUAGAAAAUUCAUGAUCCACCACUUAAUCACCUGAGCUUAGAAGAACGUCAAUCAAUCAUCCAAACUCAAGCCACCAUACACUACAAUGGAACAUCACACAACUCGAGCACUCACGAUUGGAAGAUGUGAUGCGGAAUCGGAAGCUGGAUACUCAUCACCAACAAAAAGGGAGAGCACCGGAGGCAGAGGCCGGACGACCAUCUGAGGGACAGAUGCGACGCCGGAGUCAAAAAUCAGAACACCGGCGAGAACAAGAAGAUUCAUCUCAUCCUAUUUCUCCUGUGAAAGAUUUUAAAGAGGAAAAAAAGAAAAAAGAGAAGGUUCUUCAAAUCAUCAUGGUGUUGAGAUGAGUUUCUUCUCUGCAAUUUCUCCUCUUUAAAGGAUCCUAAAAAGAGAACAGAGGAAAAGGAGAGAAAAACUGAAUAAAUAAAUAAAUAAAUAUGUUACUUAACUUUAAAAGAGAAAAUAAAAACGUGAACAAUUCAUAAUUUGAAAAAAAUAACAAUAACUAUAUACAUAAUUUGGAAGAAAUAAUAAGAAUUAUCAUAUUUUAUCAUUUGCGUUUUUAAUCAUUUCGAGUGUAUCAAAACUUUCUAAAAUUGAUGUUCCAUAUAUGUCAUAUGUUCCUAUCCGAAUGGUUUCAUCUUUAUACGUCAUGCAUUGGUUGAUUGAACCACCAGAAGAAAAAAACAACCUCCAACAUAUUUUUUUUUGUUGCCAACUAGUUUUGAUUGAUGAAACAAAGGAACAUACAUGGAUAAAAGACUAACUAUCUUAACAUAAUCAUAGCCCACAGCAGGAAAGCUCAAACCCAAACAACGGGUGCCAUACAAAAACUAUUCCGAACACUAGAUUAAUCUUCACUCUUGUAUCCAGCCUCGAAAACAAUCCUUGAAAAGGAAAAUAGAGAUAAGACCUCUGAACUUUGACGAGCCGGACAACUUACUGCGAACUGCACAAGAGGAAACAGCGAUGCCAUGUCCUUCAACAACGACACAAGACUAAGAAAACAUGAACCUUCAGUUCACAAAACCAAACCAGAGCUCACAAGCCUAACACUAAACACCAACCGAGAAGCAAACAAACAAACACCUGGAAAUAAAGCUCCCUUCUUAACUGAACCUUCAUCGGAGAAUCAACAGCCUCAACCUCUUUAUAAAACUUCCAUUAACCGAUCGAAGCCAUCAAAGACAAGAGGACCUCCAACAUAUUUUUAUCAUUACAAAUAUCUUAAAUUUUCAAGUCAAACGAAUUAUACGUAAAAUUUUAUGGUUAAUUCUUAACCUUAGUGUUAUCAAAAAACACAGUUUAACUUAAAGCGAUGCGAAUCAAAUAAUAAGUUUCGUAAGACUAUAAAAAGUGUAUAUAUAUAAUAUAUGUAUAAGUGAAUGAAGAUCAUGGGCUAGACGCUAGCCAUUGAAGAUAUGAAUUAUUUGUUCAACAAAUCGUUCAUAUAUUUUUACAAAAAAAAAAAACAAAGCGUUCGUAUAAAUUGUACUGCACGAUGCACCACAUACAUGGUCGGUCCUGGACCACGCUUAACGAAACAUUCGGUUUCCAAAUUUUUUUAAAAAAAUUAUAUAUAAAUAGACCCCAAAAUUUGUGAAAAAAAAAAUUUUGAACCUCUAAAUUUUUGAAAUCCUUACUAAAUCAUGUGAGACCUCCAAAAUUUCAGGGCCAGUCCUGACCACAUAUGCACUAUACGGAAGGAAGACCAACGAAGCAGUUUAUCAGAGACCCGAUCAAGAAUGACAACUUCUUUACGAAGGAUGACUAGAGCAAAUGUAUAUCCACCUACCUUACCUCCACUAUCGGGUUAUUAUUUUAUUUUUUUGAAACUACUUUUCCACUAUCUGGUUAUUUCCUUUAUUUUCCCUCUCUUUUCAGCAUACUUUUUGAAUUUUGAUGAUGGAAAACAACUUGAGAGGAAGGUUCGUUUAUUAUCCACUAUUAUUUUCUCUUGUUAUUGGAUAUGUAUUUUAGAAGUGCGUAUUAACCGAAAAUAGAGUGUACGUUAGUGGAUAUUGUUUCAGUUCCAUUUUUGCAUGUUUU